GAAAAUAUACAAAAAGCCUAUCUCAAAUGUAAUUUAAUGAAUAAUUUUAAUAUAUUAAACGGUGAGGAAUGCCAAAAUCAGAUACAAGAGACUUCGAAGAGAGAUAUUCCUCUUGUUUCCUCGAUUUGGGUGUUAAAACUGUUGCAGGCCUCCUAAUAGGAAGUAUGAUGGGCAGUUUCUUCCUUCACGGCUAUAAGAAAUGGCCAAUGUAUAUAGGCGGUGGGCUCGGCGUGGGGAUGGCUUAUAAAAAUUGCGAAAACAGCUUAAACAAUUUCCUCCUUUCAAUGGAUCCAAAGGCUUGUGUAAUCAAGAAGAAACCAUAAGACAUAUAUGAAUUAAUUUACAAGUGACGAUGACCUCAAACCUCCGUCAA